AUGACCGCUCGAAUCACGGAUGGGAAAGCUGCGAAAAAGGUACAAUCAACACUAGCCAUACCUCACACUCACGUAACGCGAACUUGCACGCAAUGCGGCAUGACCUAUAACCCGCUUCUAGCAGCUGACGUGGGGGUACACGCAAAAUACCACGACAAUUUCACCAACGGCAUCAGUUGGCCGCCAAUGCUUCAGUCACCUCAACACGCAGCAGAGACGGUAUUCGUGACUCUCAAAAGAAAGACCACCAAGCGCGGACUGUUGAAGAGCAUCGUUACGCGCGAGGGCAAGAGCGCCACGAUCCAGAUCGUCGAUAAGCUCAGCUCCAAGCAAGUUGACAAGGUGGAGACGAUGAUGGCGAUGGUCAAUUCGGAGUUGAACGCGGUGGACGACUCGAAGCAGUGGCGUUCGGCCCAGUUUGAGUCGAGCAAGGCGUUUGUCUUGGUGAUUGACAACAGGGCCGUUGGCUUAUGCACCACGGACACGAUUCAGCAUGGCGAGUGGUUGAUACACAAGACUCAGAGUUUAGUGCCGAACCGCAAAAUCUCGAGUUGCCGAGUUGGCAUCUCGCGAAUCUGGAUCGCGCCCAAAUGGCGACAGAAUGGGCUAGCUGGUCAGUUGCUACGCUGUGUGAUGAAGAACUCCGUUUAUGGCACAAUUUUAUCCAAGAACCAGAUAGCAUUCAGCCAGCCUAGUUUUGGAGGCGGAUUACUUGCCAAAUCCUUCAAUGGCGUGCGGCACAAGAGUGGGGAGAUAUUGA